CGUGCCCGUGGAGCCCGCCCUCGCCGAGGAGGUGUUCAUCGACAUGAGCUGCCCGGACGCCCCUCUCGUGCUCAGCUUGCUGCUGGACUCCAACAACUCGAUCCACCACCUGACGGACGGCCGCGAGAAGGAGCUGGACCAGCUGACCAAGACCACGUUCCCCAUCCUGCUGCAGGCCUACGAGCUGAUGAACGCCACGCUGUCGCUGCACGUGACCAACUCCCACGGCUACGUGCGCAACGGCAAGUUCGACGGGCUGCUGGGCGACCUGCUCAACGGCCUGGUGGAGGUCGGCGGCACCGCCACCCUGCCCGUGGCCUUCAGGAUGUUGGCGAUGCGCUACACCGGCUUCCACAUCCCCAUGCGGGCGGUGACGGUGUUCCGCCAGCCGCCGCUGGCCUACACUGACAACGUGUUCUGGCUGCCGUUCCCGGACUCGCUGUGGUACGCGUCGCUCAUCAUGGUGGCGGUGUGCUGCGUGAUGGCCGUGCUGGCGCUGCGCCUGGAGGAGCCCUUCGAGAGCAAGGACGAGGACGCGGGGCUGGCGGGGCAGCGCCGCCUGGGCGCCGGCAAGGGCUCUCGCAAGGAGGCCAUGCGCUCCUCCUUCUCGGACGUGUUCAUGCUCGCGUUUGGCGCCAUCGCGCAGCAGGGGUCCCCCGUGGAGGCCCGCGGCCUGGUGGGGCGGCUGGUGACGUUCGUCCUGUUCCUGGCCGUGCUGCUGCUCUUCACGUGCUACUCCGCGUCCAUCGUGGUGCUGCUGCAGAGCGCCUCCUCCUCCAUCCGCACCCUCAGGGACCUCUGGAAGUCGCGCCUCUCCGUAGGCGCCGAAAACAUGCCUUACAACGUGUACUUCCUUGAGCAAAUGGCCAACGGCACGGACGAGGUGCGGCGCGGCCUCUUCUACGAUAAGAUCGCCCGCAAGGGCAAGCGGCGCCUCUUCCUGAGCAUGACGGAGGGCGUGCGCCGUCUGCAGGACGGGCUGUUCGCCUUCGUGGCCAUGGACUCGCCCCUCUACGGCCACAUCCAGGCCACCUUCGAGGAGCACGAGAAGUGCGACCUGGCGGAGAUCGACGGCUACUCGUCGCUGCGCCACCCCAACCUGGUGACGCGCCGCGACUCGCCCAUCACGCACUUGUUCAAGAUCAAGCUGCUGCUGCAGUGGGAGCGCGGCCUGCGCGCGCGCUUCAUCCUGCGCAGCCUGUACAGCAAGCCGCGCUGCGACGCGCAGGGCGCCCGCUUCACCUCCAUGAGCUUCGUGGGCGCCAGGAGCUCGUACUACCUCAUGUCUGGUCAAGUCAAGGAAACGGUUGGACUGACGACUUGA